UACGCGCAUCAUCAACAAUACAAAAAAAAUAUCUCAUCAAAAAUCUUUCUUUGAUUCGAUUCCAAUAUAAAUAGGCGGUUUGUAUGCACUACAACACCAUUUGUAACCAAAUUAUCAUCACUGAAGAUACGCUAUCUUCGUUGUUUUUAAAAAAUAGUCAAAAGAAACCAUGAACAAAUUAAUAAUUAUUGCAGCUUUGGUAGCAACAUGUUUGGCAAUACCUCAGGAAACAAACAACGGCGAUGAUUUUGGAUUUGCAAUUUAUGAUAUUCCUCUGGCAGAAAUCGAUGCAAGUAGUAUUUCGGAAAAACGUGACACAGAUUCAGAGGCUAGAUCUUUAUCUGCUGAUGACAGUAUAGACGAGAAUGAUCUUUUGAGAAUACAAGCUGUUAACGGUUUGGCUGAAAUAAGUAGGGACGUACGAUCUACUAAUUCAUCAGCAUCACCAAAGAAACUCGGAUUGAAAGAUCUUAUUGGAAGGACAUCGGGUUAAAAUUAUUUACC